AUGGCAUCACAAUCGUCGAGCAAUCCUUCCGCGUCCGCCGACUGGCCGGGGCGAUACCACCACAUCGACCACAUCCUGGAUACACCAGGGCCCCGCACCGACCCAGAAUUCGCCGCUGGAGAUCAAGUGAAGAAUUUCCUGAGGAAGGAGUCCAAGAUCCUUGUAAUCGGUGCAGGAGGUCUUGGUUGUGAGAUUCUGGCCAAUCUCGCACUCACCGGGUUCAAGGAUAUUCAUGUAAUUGACAUGGAUACGAUUGAUAUCAGCAAUCUCAAUCGACAGUUCUUGUUCAGACCAAAGGACGUUGGACAACCAAAGGCGACAGUGGCUGCAGAGUUCAUCAUGAAGCGUGUGCCGGGCGUCAAAGUAACUCCAUACUUUGGGAAGAUUCAAGACAAAGAUGAUGACUAUUAUAUGCAAUUCAACCUGGUGAUUUGCGGACUCGACUCAGUCGAAGCUAGACGCUGGAUGAACGCGACACUUGUGAAUCUGGUGGAUCCAGAUGUCCCAGACAGUCUGAAGCCCAUGAUCGAUGGAGGAACCGAAGGCUUCAAGGGACAGGCUCGUGUGAUCCUACCAACAAUCACCUCCUGUUACGAGUGCUCGCUCGACAUGCUGAACAAACCAACCGCGUUCCCUAUUUGUACGAUCGCGAACACCCCUCGUCUACCGGAACAUUGCAUUGAAUGGGCGUCUGUUCUAGAGUGGCCUCGUGUUCACGGAGACAAAAAGAUGGAUACUGAUGACCCCGAGCACAUUGGGUGGUUAUACAAAGUUGCUGCUGCUCGUGCUGCAGAGUUCAAGAUCGAGGGUGUAACAUGGUCAUUAACCCAAGGAGUGGUCAAGAAUAUCAUCCCUGCUAUCGCUUCAACGAACGCCAUCAUCGCAGCUGCAUGUUGUAAUGAGGCUUUCAAGAUUUCGACAAGCUCUGCCGCCUUCUUGAACAACUACUUCAUGCUAAUCGGCACGGAUGGCGUUUACUCCUACACAUUCGAACACGAAAAGCGUGACGACUGCCCCGUCUGCGGCGGCCAAGCAGUGGACAUAACACUCAAUCCCGAGACAACUGUUGAACAGCUCAUCGAGACGCUGACAGAGAGACAGGAUCUCCAAAUCAAGAAGCCUUCUUUGUCCACACCGACCAAGCAAAUCUACCUUCAAGCUCCGCCCCAGCUAGAGAAAUCCACACGCCCGAACCUGGAGAAGAAAGUAUCCGAGUUGGUACCACCAGGUGGAGAGGUUACUGUUACCUCAAGCACUCUGCCCAUGAGCUUGUCUCUCCGCAUUUCUUACUCUACAUAG